GCCCGAAGGGGAGAGCGAGGAGGGCGGGAGGAUUGCGCUCACGAGCCUUUGUGUUUCACUUCUAAUAUCUCACAUAUCAAUAAUUGAGCGCGCGAGCAGACGGACCCCACGCGCUAUGUAUUCUGCUGCGCGCGAGCUCGGUAAGGGCCUUGAUCCGCUUUCAGUCGGCUCUUCCACUACGGACUGAGACGGGAACGAGGAGAAAAACUGUUGUAGUUUUGACUUGAACUGUUUGGAAGGACUUGGUUUUACAGUGAGGACAGGUUUGGAGUGGUUCUGGUUUGGGAUUUGAGCGCGCUGCGUCUCUGCGAGAAAACUGCUGUUAGGUGCGGUGUAAAGUUGGCAUGAUGUUGACGUUGGUGCUAGGCGCAGUGUGGUUAGUGUGUCAUGCAUACGCACAGAACGAGACAGAACCCAUCGUACUGGAGGGGAAAUGCUUGGUCGUGUGCGACUCAAAUCCAACGUCGGAUCCCACUGGGACGGCUCUUGGGAUAUCGGUGCGCUCGGGAAGCGCCAAAGUGGCUUUUUCCGUGGUGCGGAACACGAACCACGAGCCGUCGGAGAUGAGCAAUCGAACAAUGGUGAUCUACUUCGAUCAGGUACUUGUGAACGUUGGUAGAAGUUUCGAUGAGGAAAGGAGCAAUUUCUUCGCCCCGCGCAAAGGGAUAUACAGUUUUAAUUUCCACGUAGUGAAAGUGUAUAAUCGUCAAACGAUCCAGGUGAGCCUGAUGCACAACGGCUGGCCAGUGAUCUCCGCCUUCGCCGGGGAUCAGGAUGUCACACGCGAAGCAGCCAGUAAUGGAGUUCUGAUUCAAAUGGAGAAAGGUGACCGCGCCUACCUCAAGCUGGAGCGAGGCAACCUGAUGGGCGGCUGGAAGUACUCCACCUUCUCCGGCUUCCUGGUCUUCCCUCUGUAGAGGAGGGGCAUGCCACGGAGGGACUAUUGCUCUUUAGCUCGCCAGCAUGUGGGAGAUAGAAGGGAUAAGAGGGCGGAUAAGAGAUAGAAUGAUAGCGAGAAUGUAAAGAAAACAUAUAGGAAGAGAAAAAUUUAGUGUGGCAGGCUCUCAGUUGCACUCACUUUGCUCUGCUGCUUGACUUCAGCUCUGGACAGCCAAAACUUUUUUUUUUAUUAUCCUUAUGAUAAUUGAAAUAAUAUGGAAAGAAAGCAUACCGAGGACCGUAGCCCUUCCCAUCCCCCUCUUACUCAUCCCAUCACAAUCAACCCUCUAAUGUCUUCAUCUGCUUUAAGGAUUGUCCUUCAAGAGCCCAGACCCCCAUUUCACACUGGUCAGAUCUUUGUAUAUUCUAUCCAUACGUACAUACUGUGAGUCUUAAAUGCCAUUGUCAUUCCUCUCAGUCCAGUCGCCCCUUCUUUUCUGGCUUCCUCUAGCUCACCCUUUCUUGUCUCUGAGAGGGCGUCUUUGCUCUGUCAUGACUGAAGGAUCUCUGAAUCCCCACGAAAAGACUGGAUACUGGAUAUAUACAUAUAUAAAUACGUGAAAAAAGUUUCUAUAUGAUUAUGAUAUACUCAACACCUAACUGAAUCUCGUCGACUCUCUGUAUUUCUGUAUUUCAAUGUUAAUACUUAGUGAUUGUGUGUGGAUUUUCAGGCUGCUGUCCAACUACCAAUGCUUCUUGUUUUUGUUUCGGUAAAAAAAUGUGGCUAAGAUGAAACUAUAUCAGAAAUACUAUAAAGUACAAAGUUUUAUUAUCAUUGAUUGUAAGAUAUAUGUGAAUAUUUAGCAGACAAAAUCCUCCCUUUUAAUCAAUUAACCAUUGUUUUUUUCUUCUUUGAUUCAAUAAAAAUUAAAUGGUACUUUU